AUGCGUGAUCCAGAAUUCUGGCUACAGUGUUAUGGUAUGAUGGUGUUGCAUGCUUAUAAAUAUCCACAUCGACCUGUUGUCGGCAUCCUGGUUGGAAGGCUUACUAGGACAAAUCUGUUUAUAAUCGAACAUGCGGUGCCAGUAUUGCAUGAAAGUGCCACGUUGGGUAUGGUUAUGGAGUUAGCGUUAGUGUCUGUCGAAACUUACUGUAAUAUGGGGAAGAACUCUGUUGUUGGCGUGUAUUUUUGCAACGAAACUUUAUCAGAUAACAGCCUUGAUCAUAAUGCAGUACGAGUAGCUGAAAAGAUUGCGUCCAAUUUUCCCAAUGCACUUCUUGUUCAAGUAACUUUUUAUACAUUUAACUAA